AUGGUCGAAUUGCGUCGUUCAUCUAGAGCAAAAAGCUCCAGUGAGCCUAAGGUGUCAAAAAGAGAACCAGAAGAAAGCGUAGAGGAGCCUUCUACGAAAAAGCCAAAGUCCAGUAAGAAUGAGUUGGAAUUGGGCGAUAAGAUUCCGGACAUGGUGUUGAAAAACCAGGAAGGAGAGGAAGUUUCGCUGCAAAAAGUUGCCAAAGAGAACAAAGUUGUGGUGAUUUUUGCGUAUCCCAAGGCCAGUACACCUGGAUGCACCAAACAGGCCUGUGCUUACAGAGACAACUAUGAAGAGUUGAAGGAAAUUGCUGCAGUCUUUGGUCUGAGUGCGGACUCGCCCAAUGCCCAAAAGAGCUUCCAAUCAAAGCAUUCGCUGCCUUAUGAUCUGCUUUCAGACCCUGGCCGCGAGUUGAUUGGGCUGUUAGGGGCCAAGAAGAACUCGUCUUCCACGCAGCGGUCGCACUGGGUGUUUUCGAAUGGUAAGUUGGUGGACAAGAGAAUUGGUGUAUCGCCAGAACCCUCGGUGAGGGACGCGAUGCAGGCUGCAACUGAGGCUUCUGAGAGUAAGGAAGCAGAGGAGCCUGAGGAGGACGACCAAGGUGACGAGGGAAAGACCAAAGCAGAAGGCGAGCAAGAGGACGAACAAGAAGAAGAAGAAGAAGAAGAAGAAGAAGAAGAAGAGGAAGAUGGUGAAUUCGCCGCAGAUGACGCCGAGGACCCAGAACUGGAGGAAAUUGGCCAAGAAGACGAUGAAGAAUACGACGAGAAAAACUUGAAGAAAGACGAACCUGCAGAAAAGGACGUUGGGGCUGACAAUGAAGCUGACGGCGACGUUGAGGAUGAAAAAAGGGAUUUAGAGGCUCAGGGCACCGAAGGCGAGGAGUACUUAGAUGAUAAAGACGAGGAGAAAAUCGAUGUACAGGAAGAGGACUAA